UUGAUUCAUCAUCGUUUGCGACACUCGAAUAGUGUAUAUUUCAAGCUUCUUUAGAACGAGAUCAAGGCUAUCAGAAAAGAGUUCGCGUAAAUCAACCUACAAUAAAUAGUUUUACCCAAUUAUUCCACAAGAACUCAUCAUGAUCGAAGGAAUAUUCUUCGCACGUUUCCUUCCCCAAAAAGGCAUAUACAUCCCGUCUCGAUCCAUACAACUAUUUAUCCCUACUAACAUCCCUCCCAGGUACAAAAGUCGUCCAUCAAAGUCCCCCAGGAUGUAUAGUUCCGGAACCAGAUGUAGACAAACCCCGUCUAUUCGACUUUGAGAAACUCGCCGAAUAUAUCAUUCCCCGUCAGGCAUUCUGCAAUCGUUACGUUACAGUAUGCGAUCCAGAAAACAAGUAUCGCAUAUUAGGUCACCCGGUGUGCAUCAAGAAUGAGAAAUAUGAACGCAAUGAGUUUAUGUUUAAUUUUUGCAUUGUGACCAGAGUCGAGGUGGAUAAGAUUCCUUAUGAAGCUGUCGUUAAACGUUUGGCUUCGACGUUUACGGAAAUGGAGAUUCAGAAUGAAUUUUUGAGUCAGGAGGACACGGUAUUCUCUCAGGAUCGGAGAUCGAUUGCUGCAUUGUUAGAAAUUAUCAAGGAGGAUUUAAAUAAUUAUAAUGAGUGUAUGAUUCCUGUUGGUAUGUAUUCAUUGAAAUCUUCUUGACAAGGAGAGUAAACUAAUAUAUGUAGAUGAUGCCAACACGAUCAAUAUGAAACUUUUCCCAAUCCACAAACAUCCGCCCCCGAUAAAAUCAUGGCACGUCCCAAUCUCCAAGAUCAAAUUCGCCGAGAUCGUGGAUGAUACUUGGGAUCUUACCAUGAGGAAAGUAAUCAAACACAUCGACGGCAUCAAAGACGUCAGGAGAAUCGCUCACGACGCAAAUGUGGCACUCGAUCUCACCAAAAUAGCCUUACAACAUCUUCUGUACUAUGAUUCCAUCCUCAUGCUCGAUAUCUUCCUCUUCAGCAAUAUCUACGCACCCACAUCGGAAAUGAAUGAUUUUGUAGCCAAUAAGGAUGGCAUGCAAGAUGAAUGCGCCAAUUAUGUAUACAUCAACGGUCCCCGUCUUAGUAAUUUCAUACUCUGUCGACUCUUCACCACCCUUUGUACAUCCAGAACCCUAAAAGAAUGGCUCAAACUACAUAUGGAUCAAGGUCUCAACGUGCUAAAUUACGCCGAUAUCCGUCGAUUCAUUCAAUUUGGUGUAAUCAAAGGUCUCAUCUACCGCGUACAUAGAUAUGCCGUAUCUUCACGAUACUUAACAUCAAUCCUUUCCCGACACGCGAUGCCUUUUGAAGCAAGAGAUCGUGCGCUACAGAGGUAUACGAAUGGCUGCCAUUGUUUUGAUCAAAUUACUACGGAGCUGAAUAUUGGAGAGGCGAAAAUCAUGGAAAGGUUGCGUAAAUUUCCAAAGGGAGAUGUGGAGGUUAUUUACCGAUGAAGGUGUUUCCUAUUCGCGUAUUUUCCACUUUCGACGCAAUAGGAGUAGAGAUUAUCCACGCAGUGUUGGAAGCCGUACCGUAGAAUUCGCUUAAUCUUCCCAUUCCCCUGGAAGCAGUGACCUAUCCGAUGAUCUGUUGACACACCACGAGAACCAAAUGCCGCGCCCGAGCUUCUAAUUACACACCACAAUCUUAUCAUCUUCUAGAUACCACAGCAGAAACUUCAAUGGCGGUAGAUAUGGACCUCGUCUGGUAUUCUACUCCAUCUCUAAGCCUUCCAGCUAAAGUAUCCCAGUGUCGAAAUUCAUGGCUAGGUAACCAGAUGGAGUGAACCCUUCAUAUGGAACCCACAAUAAGAACUGGUGGAUGAGAACCAGACCUGCGCUAUAUUGAGCAUCACCCAGGAUAAUUUCGUGGUAUAUCAUAUCUCAGAGCUACAUGGCGAGUGCGGGAUAUUUGGUUUGACUCAGAUUUGACUUCAGGUAGAUGAA